GCUCCAGAAACAGCCCAGUAGGUAGAACCACUGUGGACUGAAACCCACCUUUCCAGAUCUGAAAGGAAGACUGAGGAAGAGGAAGGGAGCAUCAGUCCCCAAGACUAUGAUGUUCUGAAUUCCAGUCCCUCACUCUCGACUUGAACAGCGCCUUUCCGAUGGCAUCUUUGGAGAUCCUGACCAAGGCACUUCUGUUUGGCCUGGGGUUUUUGGCACAUUCUCCCAGACUCAGGUGAGACCCCGAUGGGCACCCCGUGGGGCAGGUGCUGACACACGCCCCAACUCCAGCCACUGACACCAUCUCCAGCCUCAGUAUCUAAAUGCCACAGUGCUCUCGGGGCCAGUUGGGCUGGGCACCACUGUUGCCUUUGAAGACCAUAAAACCAUGGGAAACGCAGAAAGCCAAAAUGUAGACCACGAGUUUUAUGGAGAAAAGCAUGCCAGCUUGGGGCGGAAGCACACAUCACGCUCCCUGCGACUGUCGCACAAGACCCGGAGGACGCGGCAUGCUUCCUCCGGGAAGGCGAUCCACAGGAACUCCGAAGUGAGCACGCGGUCCAGCAGCACCCCCAGCAUCCCCCAGUCCCUGGCCGAAAAUGGCUUGGAGCCCUUUUCCCAAGAAGGCGCCCUAGACGACUUCGGGGACCCCAUCUGGGUGGACCGAGUGGAUAUGGGCUUGAGACCCGUGUCUUACACGGAUUCUUCUGUCACUCCCAGCGUAGACGGCAGCAUCGUCCUCACGGCAGCCUCUGUGCAGAGCAUGCCAGACUCGGAGGAGAGCCGGCUUUACGGGGAUGACGCUGCGUACUUGGCUGAGGGAGGCAGGAGGCAGCGUCCCUAUACAUCCAACGGGCCCACGUUCAUGGAGACAGCGAGCUUUAAGAAGAAACGCUCUAAAUCUGCAGACAUCUGGCGGGAGGACAGCCUGGAGUUCUCACUCUCAGAUCUGAGCCAAGAACAUUUAACAAGCAACGAAGAAAUCUUGGGCUCCGCGGAAGAGAAGGAUUGCGAGGAGGCUCGGGGGAUGGAAACAGGGGCGAGCCCCCGGCAGCUCAGCACCUGUCAGCGAGCCAACUCCCUGGGUGACUUGUAUGCUCAGAAGAACUCCGGGGUGAAGGCUAACGGAGGACCGAGAAACAGAUUUUCGAGCUACUGCCGGAAUUUGGUGUCGGAUAUUCCCGAUCUUGCAAAGCAUAAGAUGCCACCGGCUGCUGCAGAGACUCCGACGUACAGUAAUUAUAACACGCUUCCCUGUAGGAAGUCGCACUGUCUUUCCGAGGGUGCCACCAACCCACAAAUUAGCCUUAGCAAGAGCAUGCAAGGCAGAAGAGCGAAAACCACCCAGGAUGUUAACACAGGCGAGGGCAGCGAGUUUGCAGACAGUGGGAUCGAAGGGGCCACCACGGACACGGACCUCCUGUCCAGGAGAUCCAAUGCCACCAACUCCAGCUACUCGCCCCCCACAGGCCGAGCCUUUGUGGGCAGCGACAGCGGCAGCAGUUCGACUGGGGAUGCUGCACGCCAGGGGGUGUACGAGAACUUCAGGCGGGAACUGGAGAUGAGCACCACCAACAGCGAGAGCCUGGAGGAGGCUGGCUCUGCGCACAGCGACGAGCAGAGCAGCGGAACCCUCAGCUCCCCGGGCCAGUCGGACAUCCUGCUGACGGCUGCGCAGGGCACUGUGCGGAAGGCUGGCGCGCUGGCAGUCAAGAACUUCCUGGUACAUAAGAAGAAUAAGAAGGUUGAGUCGGCUACCCGGAGGAAGUGGAAGCACUACUGGGUGUCCCUGAAAGGUUGCACGCUCUUUUUCUACGAGAGUGAUGGCAGGUCUGGGAUAGACCACAACAGUGUCCCCAAGCAUGCUGUCUGGGUGGAGAACAGCAUCGUGCAGGCCGUACCUGAGCACCCCAAGAAAGAUUUUGUCUUCUGCCUCAGCAACUCCCUGGGCGAUGCCUUCCUCUUCCAGACCACCAGCCAGACAGAGCUGGAGAACUGGAUCACGGCCAUCCACUCUGCCUGCGCAGCUGCGGUCGCAAGGCACCACCACAAGGAAGACACGCUCCGCCUCCUCAAGUCGGAAAUCAAGAAGCUGGAGCAAAAGAUUGACAUGGACGAGAAAAUGAAGAAGAUGGGCGAGAUGCAGCUGUCCUCCGUCACGGACUCAAAGAAGAAGAAGACCAUACUCGACCAGAUCUUCGUUUGGGAGCAGAACCUCGAACAGUUCCAGAUGGACCUUUUCCGGUUCCGCUGUUACCUUGCCAGCCUCCAGGGCGGGGAGCUGCCAAACCCCAAAAGACUCCUAGCCUUUGCCAGCCGGCCCACCAAGGUGGCCAUGGGUCGCCUUGGCAUCUUCUCGGUCUCAUCUUUUCACGCCCUGGUGGCGGCCCGCACUGGCGAGAUCGGGGUGAGAAGGCGUACUCAGGCUAUGUCCAGGUCUGCGAGCAAGCGGAGGAGCAGGUUUUCUUCUCUCUGGGGCCUAGACACUACCUCCAAAAAGAAGCAGGGGCGCCCAACCAUCAACCAGGUGUUUGGAGAGGGGACCGAUGCUGUAAAGAGAUCUUUAGAGGGAAUAUUUGAUGACUCUGUUCCAGAUGGCAAGAGGGAGAAGGAAGUGGUCUUACCCAGUGUCCACCAGCACAAUCCUGACUGUGACAUUUGGGUCCAUGAAUAUUUCACUCCAUCCUGGUUCUGUCUACCCAACAAUCAGCCAGCCUUGACGGUUGUUCGGCCGGGGGACACUGCGAGGGACACCUUGGAGCUCAUUUGCAAGGCACACCAACUGGACCAUUCCGCCCAUUACCUGCGCCUGAAAUUUCUGAUGGAGAACAAGAUGCAGUUCUAUGUCCCGCAACCCGAGGAGGACAUUUACGAGCUGCUUUACAAAGAAAUCGAAAUCUGUCCGAAAGUCACCCAGAACAUCCACAUUGAGAAGUCCGACGCGGCCGCCGAUAAUUACGGGUUUUUGCUUUCUUCUGUGGACGAAGAUGGCGUUCGAAGGCUCUACGUGAACAGCGUCAAGGAAACCGGGCUAGCUUCCAAGAAAGGCCUGAAGGCGGGGGACGAGAUUCUCCAGAUCAAUAACCGUGCCGCUGGUACCCUGAACUCAUCUAUGCUCAAAGAUUUCCUCUCACAGCCCUCCCUGGGCCUCCUGGUGAGGACCUACCCUGAGCCAGAGGGAGGAGUGGAGCUGCUGGAGAACCCACCCCACCGAGUGGACGGCCCUGUGGACCUUGGCGAGAGCCCCCUCGCCUUCCUCACCAGCAACCCAGGGCACAGCCUCUCCAGUGAGCAGGGCAGCAGUGCUGAGACAGCUCCAGAAGAGGGCGAAGGACCGGACUUGGAGUCUUCCGAUGAGACAGAUCACAGCAGCAAGAGCACAGAACAGGUCACAGCGUUUUGCCGGAGUCUGCACGAGAUGAGCCCCUCUGACUCGAGCCCAUCCCCUCAGGAUGCCACGAGCCCUCAACUGGCAACCACACGACAGCUAUCGGAUGCGGAUAAACUGCGCAAGGUGAUCUGUGAGCUCCUGGAGACCGAACGCACCUAUGUGAAGGACUUAAACUGCCUCAUGGAGAGAUACCUGAAGCCCCUUCAGAAGGAGACCUUUCUCACCCAGGAUGAGCUCGAUGUACUCUUUGGAAAUUUAACCGAAAUGGUGGAGUUUCAAGUUGAGUUCCUUAAAACUCUAGAAGAUGGAGUAAGACUGGUCCCUGACUUGGAAAAGCUUGAGAAGGUUGACCAGUUCAAGAAAGUGCUGUUCUCUCUGGGGGGAUCCUUCCUGUACUACGCGGACCGCUUCAAGCUCUACAGUGCCUUCUGUGCGAGCCACACAAAAGUCCCCAAGGUCCUGGUGAAAGCCAAGACGGACACAGCCUUCAAGGCAUUCCUAGAUGCCCAGAACCCGAGGCAGCAGCACUCAUCCACACUAGAGUCUUACCUCAUCAAGCCCAUCCAGAGGGUCCUCAAGUACCCGCUUCUGCUCAGGGAGCUGUUUGCGCUGACCGACGCGGAGAGUGAGGAGCACUACCACCUAGAUGUGGCCAUCAAGACUAUGAACAAGGUUGCCAGUCACAUCAAUGAGAUGCAGAAGAUCCACGAAGAAUUUGGUGCUGUGUUCGACCAGCUGAUUGCUGAGCAGACGGGAGAGAAGAAAGAGGUGUCGGAUCUGAGCAUGGGUGACCUGCUGUUGCACACCAGUGUCAUCUGGCUGAACCCACCCGCCUCGCUGGGAAAGUGGAAGAAGGAGCCGGAACUGGCAGCCUUCGUCUUCAAAACUGCCGUGGUCCUUGUGUAUAAAGACGGUUCCAAGCAGAAGAAGAAGCUCGUUGGCUCUCACAGGCUGUCAAUCUACGAGGAGUGGGACCCUUUCCGGUUUCGCCACAUGAUCCCUACCGAAGCUUUGCAAGUCCGAGCUUUGCCCAGUGCAGAUGCAGAGGCAAAUGCCGUGUGUGAAAUUGUCCACGUGAAAUCGGAGUCAGAAGGGAGGCCGGAGCGGGUUUUCCACCUCUGCUGCAGCUCCCCGGAGAGCCGAAAGGAUUUUCUGAAGUCUGUACACUCCAUCCUGCGAGAUAAGCACAGAAGGCAGCUCCUCAAAACGGAAAGUCUUCCCUCAGCCCAGCAGUAUGUCCCUUUUGGAGGCAAGAGAUUGUGUGCGCUUAAAGGCGCCAGGCCAGCCAUGAGCAGGGCAGUGUCUGCCCCAAGCAAGUCUCUUGGGAGGAGGAGGCGGCGACUGGCCCGAAACAGGUUUACCAUUGAUUCAGACGCCAUCUCAGCCAGCAGCCCGGAGAAAGAGCCCCAGCAGCCCCCCGGUGGCGGGGACACUGACCGAUGGGUAGAGGAACAGUUUGAUCUUGCUCAGUAUGAGGAGCAGGAUGACAUCAAGGAGACAGACAUCCUCAGUGACGAUGACGAAUUCUGUGAGUCCGCGAAGGGCGCCUCAGUGGACAGAGACCUGCAGGAGCAGCUUCAGGCUGCCUCUAUCAGUCAGCGCGCCCGAGGCCGGAAAACCCUCGAUAGCCACGCCUCCCGCAUGACACAGCUCAAGAAGCAAGCGGCCCUUUCGGGCAUCAACGGAGGCCUGGAGAGUGCGAGCGAGGAGGUUAUUUGGGUUAGGCGCGAAGACUUUGCCCCUUCCAGGAAACUGAACACAGAGAUAUGACUUUCUUGUCCCUUUAGAGAAUGUGUGUAGAUACGAUGCCGGCCCCACCCUCACUCUGCCCACCCUCCUGUGCCGUCCACGAGAAUGUCCCCUUAGGUCGCACUCUUGCACACAGAUUUUUGGCAGCUGACUCGGGUCUGAAGCCAUGUGGCCACCCACCUUCAUCAUUCUUAAUGACAUCAGAGAGAAUCGUUCAGAAUCCCAACAAGCUUGAGUCCUUUCCUCUGUGCCCAGGGCUCUUUAUUCUCAAUUCAUCGGGGCCUGAAGAUUUAGAACAAAGAAUCGAUAGCACUGGAAAUCAAACCGUCCCCACCCCAGCAGUCAAAGCAAAGUAUCGGAGUGACAGGACAGCGUUCACAUAGGUGUCCCAGCUCCACCUCCCUGAGUCCAGUCUCGACAGCUGGGGAACCUUCAAACACACAUAAAAAAAAAAAAAAAAAAAUCCAGAACAGAUCGAAACAUCUGUACAGCUUGCAGUGUUCUGACUCCCUCUUCAGCAUCGGAGAAUAUCUGUGUAUCUUAAGAAUGUGUGAGGAAAGGGUGGUCGUCUCUGUUUGAUGAGCCUUUAUUCUUAUUUUUUCUUCUGUUUAUGUCUGUAGCUGGUCUUACUCUGUGUCAGUGUUUGGAAGCUCUAGUUUUGCAGAGAAUUAUAAAGCCGCCACACUCUUGGGAAAGAGAUCCAAAUUUAUCAUUUAGAGGGAGAGAGAAGAAAAAAAAAACACUAUUUUUUUGUAUUUUCCUUGAGAUGCAGGGGCACAAAUAGAUGAGAAUUUUACAGUGUUAGGAGUAACUCAGUCUGAAAAUGAGUAUAUAACCCUUUUGCAGAGCGAGCAGGGCACGAUGACUUUAUAUUUAUAUAUAAACAGCCAAGAAGAAGCUCAUGCUAAGAAUAAACUUUUCUUUUCUGAGAAACAGAUUUUUUUUAAAUGUAUGAAUCUAUAUUUGAGAUGGGAAUUUGGUUGGAUUACAGGGGCAGGGAAUGGGGCUCUGUGUGUGUGUGCGCGUGUGUGAGUGAGUGAGUGCAUGUGUGCGUGCGUGUGUGUGUGUGUGUGUGUGUGUGUGUGUUGUACAUGGCGGGGGAGGGGAGCCUCCUCAUGGGUUGCCAUGGCGACCGUUGGUUUUCUCAUCCAGCUUGCAUCUUCAUCCACAGAUGACUCCCCCUUCCCUGACAGUCCAUGGCUGAAUCUUAGAACCUCUUCAGAAACGUCCUUUGUGGUCAAUAUUUCCUUCAUGCCAAUGAGACAGGGUAAACUUGCCUACGGGGCCUAACCUUCUAAAUGGAUGUCCAGACAGGAAGAACAAAACCCAUUAUAGCACUUUCAUCUUUUAAAAAAAUAAAAGGUUUAUAGCUUUUUGUUCCCCCUCCCCCCUCCCCAUUUCAUGAUGUCCAUUCCUUAAGAAGGGUUUAAAUAAUAUGAAAACUUUCUUUUUGGAAAUAAAAAAAUAUAUAUCUAUAUAUCUAUAUAUCUAUUUGGUGUUUGAUACAUCGGUAGGUACUUUAAAGACCUGAAUUUUAUAGUAGCUUUAGCGAUUAUAUUUUAUAAGAAUCAGUUAUGACUUUAUAUUUCCAGAUAGAGAGUUCAGAACACGAUGCUCUAAGCCCCCCUCCUCUGCCCCCCCUUGGCUUGCUUUUCCUGCUCUCCCGACCUCUACCCCUCCCCCCUCCGGGUUCCCAGGGCUUUGAGCUUGAUCUUUUGAAAGUUUUAUUCUAUUGAAGUUUUUGCUAUAUCUUCUGGUUUUCUUAAGAAGCUUUAGAGUGGUUUCUAUGCCCUUUGUACCACUGCACUGUUCAUAUCAUCUCGGGGUCGAUUGUGACUGCGUCCGGAUGGGAAACCGAGGCAGAGGCGUCGAUAGUCACGUUUUCUGGUCUCCCUGCAACAUGUCCAUGGGGGGUGGGGGGUCCUGGAAAGUCUGGUGCUUAGAGAGGGUGCCAUUGUCUCUUGUACAUACGGUCAUGAUGUGUCUAUGUCAAAAGUUCUUAUAUAUUUCUUUUAUAAGCUGAAAGAAGGUCUAUUUUUAUGUUUUUAGGUCUAUGAAUGGAACGUUGUAAAUGCUUGUCCAACAAUAAAAGUACUGAAAGGGG